GCCAUGCAACAAAGUGGACCGCAUAUAAGGAGCGAUUUGAGCUUUUCAUGCUGGCCAAUGACGUAAAGAAUGCAAGGAAGAAGGCUGCAUUUCUUACGUUGUUGGGGGCUGUGCUAUACGAAAUCCUUGCAUCACUGGCAUCGCCUAGACAGAUUGCUGCGGUCUUCCAUUUCCACAAACGGGACCACUUCUCUGACGAAACAGGGGGAGCGUACAUGGUGGCCUUACGAAGCCUAGCGGUGGACUUCAAUUUUGGAACAGCACUAAACGAAUUUGUGCUAACCGUGAAGCGAGUUUCGGAGCGAACUGUAACUAGUGAAGCAGCCGCCAUCAGCGCCUUGUCCAUGCGCCACUCAGUCGCAAAUAACGGCCGCACAUGCAAAUUAAGUUUCUCACUAGGGUUGGGAUCGCAAAGAAGUAACUUCUGA